AUGGCUGUGACAUUCACGGAGGAGAACAUCAAGGAGCUGCGAUUCCACCUCGAGGAUGCGGCGGUCAAGUGUUCAGAGCGCUGUCUGUACCAGGCAGCAGAAAUGCUGGAUGCUUUAGUGCCUAUUGACGGCUCCGACACCGAUCCUGAUUCUCCCAUGGAUAUGGCCGAACCUCCCCCGCCCCCCGUGAAUCCUUUCCUCCGUCAGCAGGACCCUGUCGAAGCUGCGCUUGAGGCGCAGGAAGCUCAUAAAUACCUCCUUGCAAAGUCAUACUUUGAUACCCGCGAAUAUGACCGUUGCGCCGCAGUCUUCCUCCCACCUACGAUACCUCCCGCUCCACUCUCUUCUGUCUCCCCCAAUGCCAAGAGCAGGACAUCAUUGACCCCUCAGAAGGGGCCAAACAAGGGCUCGCAGUUUGCGGGCUCAAAAGGGAAUUCGACGUCGAAGAACCCAUAUCCGCGGCUGAGCCAGAAAUCACUGUUCCUGGCUUUGUACGCCAAAUACCUAGCUGGAGAGAAGCGCAAGGAGGAAGAGACGGAGAUGGUCCUGGGACCAGCAGACGGAGGAAUGACCGUCAAUCGCGAGCUUCCCGACCUGGCCCGGGGUUUGGAAGGAUAUUUCGCGGAGCGGAGAGAGCAGGGCUUGGAAGAUCGCAGCCAGGGGUGGCUAGAGUAUCUCUAUGGCAUCAUCCUUCUCAAAGGCAAAAACGAGGAAGAGGCCAAGAAAUGGCUGAUACGAAGCGUCCAUCUCUAUCCAUACAAUUGGGGCGCAUGGCAGGAGCUGAACGACCUGUUGUCAAACGUUGAAGAUGUCCGACCAUUCCUCCCAGUCAUCCCGUUACUUUUCUUGUCCACUGACUCAAUUCUAGACUUUGAAGAGGCUUCGAGUAUCUUUGCGGAGAUUCUGAUCUCUAACCCACACCGUCUCGACAGCCUCGAUCAUUACUCCAACAUCCUCUACGUCAUGGGUGCUCGGCCCCAGCUGGCCUUCAUCGCUCAGCUAGCGACAGCAACCGACAAGUUCCGUCCCGAGACGUGCUGCGUGGUAGGGAAUUACUACUCCCUCAAGUCCGAGCACGAAAAGGCCGUGAUGUACUUCCGUCGCGCGCUCACCCUGGACCGAAACUUCCUCUCUGCCUGGACGCUGAUGGGCCACGAAUACAUCGAGAUGAAGAACACCCACGCAGCGAUCGAAUCGUAUCGCCGCGCGGUUGACGUCAACCGCAAGGACUACCGUGCCUGGUACGGGCUGGGACAAGCCUACGAGGUGCUCGACAUGUCCUUCUACGCUCUCUUUUACUACCAGCGCGCCGCCGCUCUGCGACCCUACGACCCGAAAAUGUGGCAAGCCGUGGGCUCAUGCUACGCCAAAAUGGGCCGUCUGGAACAGAGCAUCAAGGCGCUGAAACGCGCCCUGGUGGCGGGAUCGUACUACGAGUCCGGCUCGGGGGUCGACGCGGGCGGUGCCUCACAAUCAGGAGUUGGCGCUGGCGGCGCUGGUCCAGGACGCAAGAUCCUCGACCCUGAAACCCUCUACCAGAUCGCGACUCUAUACGAACGGCUAGGCGACGAGGACGAAGCAGCGGCAUACAUGGAACUCACGCUGCAGCAAGAAACCGGCGAGAUAGACCGUCCCGAGCCAGAUUCCGACGACGACAACAACGUCAACAACAACGACCGACCACCCUCAGAUGACGACACCACCGAAGGCGGAGGAGACCAUCGGCGCCGCCACCGCCAACAACAGUACGAAAACGACGAGACCGAAGCCGUCGGCGGCACCGGCGUCACAGCCACGACGUCCAAGGCUCGGCUGUGGCUCGCCCGCUGGGCGCUUCGACACGGCGAUCUGGCGAGGGCAGACCAGCUCGCGGGCGAACUGUGUCAAGAUGGGAUCGAAGUCGAAGAGGCGAAGGCGUUGAUGAGGGAUGUCCGCGCGAGGAGGGAAGGAGGGGGGUAG